GCGGGCCGGCCCCGCGCCGCGCAGCAGCGACCGGCAGCAGCGGCGCGGCCGGGAUGUCGCGGAGCGGCGCGGCGCUCGGCAGGGCGCUGGCCCGAGGGGCCGCCGCCAGGCACUUGGCUUCUUGCGGUAUUUUGAUGACCAGAACUUCUCCUUUGCAAGCACCUGUAAUGAGCCAUACUUUUUCAAGAAAUUUCUUCAAUGUUGCUGCACCACUAAUAAAUAAAAGAAAAGAAUAUUCUGAAAGAAGAAUUAUAGGGUAUUCCAUGCAGGAAAUGUAUGAAGUUGUUGCUGUUGUGGAGAAUUACAAACUCUUUGUUCCUUGGUGUAAAAAGUCAGACAUACUCUCGAAGCGCUCUGGGUACUGCAAAGCACAGCUAGAAAUAGGAUUCCCUCCUGUAGUAGAGACGUACACAUCAAUUGUAACCCUAGUGAGACCACAUUUAGUUAAGGCAUCAUGCACAGAUGGAAAACUCUUUAAUCACUUGGAAACAGUGUGGCGUUUGAGCCCUGGUAUCCCUGGUUAUCCAAGGACGUGUACAUUGGAUUUUUCAAUUUCUUUUGAAUUUCGUUCACUUCUACACUCCCAACUUGCUACACUAUUUUUUGAUGAAGUUGUAAAGCAGAUGGUUGCUGCCUUUGAAAGAAGAGCAUCCAAACUCCAUGGCCCAGAAACCAGCAUCCCUCGGGAGCUGAUGCUGCACGAAGUUCAUCAGACGUAAAGGGAAAAUGAACUUCAGUCACCACUGCUUCUGCUGUUGAGAGGAGAGACGCGACACCUGCGGCGUCCAUCAGAGCAGUUCUCACGACCUAAAAAUAGGCAAGAAACAACUUAAAACCUGCUGACCAUCACGGGAGGUGAGAGGAAGCAAUGCCGAGAAUUAAGAUCUUCAGGUUACCUUCGUUGGGUCUAUGAUUCCUUUUUCUACCAUAUUCACAAAGUCCCCGAGCAUUGCAUCGUAGCCAACUUCUGACGGGCUCUGCAGGAUUUUUUCAACUAUCAAUGAUCCUUCGACACCAGCGUUCUUGGCAAUAGUCAUGGCUGGGAUUCUCAGUGUUCUCUUGAUUAUUUCAAUGCCUGCAACAAACAGGAUAGUUGGAGUUGCAUGUACAAACACCACUCACACUGCCAAGGAACGCCCUUGGGCUGGAGAUCAAUACAAAGAGAAACCCUCCAAUCAAGAACAUAACCUAGUUUUAUCAAUUCCAGGAGGAAAGGUUCUUUGCUACUUGACACUUGCCAACAAAUGAAAUCUCUGCAGAACAUUCAUGCACACUUUAGUUUUAUUUCUACAAAAAGUAGGAAGUAUUAUUGCUCUUUAUGUGUAACAUGACACAAAGCCUUCUUCCAUUUGGUUUGCCACAGUUUCUUGGGCAUUAUUAAAUUUUGUCUGUCUGCCAUGACUUUAACAGCCAGCUCCCAAUCCAAAGUGUCUGCCACUCUGCUGGGAUACUGCUGAUUUACUGCUACUGGGUCUUUCACAGUCCAGUCAGCAAUACAGUGACAAAGUUCCUUCGCACUCAAAAGCGGAGACCGCCACACCAAAGAACCGUGAGGUUCCUGAGAUCAAGUAACUAAAAACUCAUCAAAAGCGAUCUGCAUUUCAUCUGAUAAAGCCUCAGGACAGGAGAAAGCCUGCCUGUAUCACUCCCACACACAUCUUUUCGAGUGCUUUGCUUACCAAUUUUCUGAUCCUCGUUGGCCGGAGUUAAGGCAUCCAAGGCCGGGAUGCAGCGCAGCAGUGCACAGCCACCGCCCGGGACGAUGCCUUCCUCCACGGCCGCACGGGUGGCGUUCAGGGCGUCGGUGACCCUGUCCUUCUUCUCGUUCACCUCCACAUCGCUCGUGCCACCCACCUGCGAGCAGCAAGCCACGCGUCAGGAUCUGCACCAGGAGCGGGCUGGGACAGCGCUGCUGCCGCCAGAGUAAGCGGCCAACGCCUAGAAGUGCCAGAAAGCCAACCCACCCUCUCCCAUACUGGCAGCCUUCUUCUGUGCCUCAGCACUCAAGAAGCCUAAGCUUUAGUUCAUCAUUUCAUCAAGUUCUUAAUACCUUCAAUACUGCUACUCCAUCAGAGAGUUUGGCCAACCGCUCAUUCAGUUUCUCUUUUUCAUAUUCACUGGUGGUAACCUCUAGCUGUUCGAUUAUUUCUUGAAUGCGUUUUUCAAUCUGAGCCUUUUCACCCUUCCCCUUAAGGAGCAUGGUGUCAUCUUUCGUCACAAUGACCUCUCCAACUUUACCGAAGUCAUGAGGCUGAAUAUCUUCCACAUUUAGGUUCAAACCCUCUUCUCCAAACACCUGGAAGAAAUCAUGGGAGAAGCUGGAAUUCACACGUUCCCCAUACAUGACUUCUUUUAUCUACAAGCACACGAACACAUACAACAGGCUAAUGGUGUAAAAUAACCACAUUACUGCAGUUCCACCCUCUGAGUGAAGAGCCUCUUCCUGAAACCCAACCUGUAUCUCCCCUGACACAGAUUUAUAGUGUUUCCUUGGGUCCUGUCACUGGUCAUCUCCUGGUACUUUGAGAAGUUACAGAUAUUGACACUUCACUGACUUCAGAAUAGUUUGCUGAUUUGUUAUACUGUGCUGCCAUUAGCUUAAACGUUAAGUUUUAUUUCAACAGGCUUCUGUAGCCAAUAUUAUGCUAUGAUUUUGAAGUCUAUAUUAAAAAUAGGGCAGCAUAAAGGGACAUUAAUCAGUGCAUCAACUAUAUGCAAGAUUCAGUACUAAGAAAAUCAUCCAGUCCAUUCCAAAUAUUUUAAAUAAUUAUAUUUGCCAUCUGAGUCCAGGCAACUGUGAAACAAUCAGUUUUAUAAGGCAGCACGAAAGCUUUGCUAUUUCUAAGAAAUUGCCUUGGAGUUCCUCCUUCCCCUUAAAAACCUAAAUCCUGCAAGAAAUCAUGUGUGACUUCAGUCAGUUGCAAGGAAGUAUCACUUAUGGUGGGCCAGGAGUGUAUUACACAGCAAUUAUCACUGUCUGCAUUAAAAAAAAAAACCAGGAAGAUUCAAACACCAGUUACUAUUACAUUUUUUAAAGAACAGAACACAACCUGUAACCCAGCAAAUACAAGCCAAGGACCUAAAAAUGCAGAUUAUUUUCCUCCUUAAAAAGCAUUAACAUUUCUUGGAGCAAAAAGUCACUAAAAACAUCAUUACUUACAGCACCGCCAGUAGCAAUCGCCAUGUCCUUAAGUUGGUUUUUCCUGUUGUCACCAAAACCUGGUGCUUUUACAGCAACAACCUGAAGGCCAACCUUCAGUCUAAAGAGAAAAAUUCAGAGAAUGAGUCAAAUUACUAAGCCAAAUUAUUUCAGUGCAGCUCUAACAGUCAAGCAAAGAAACCACUAUGAACUGGCUUUUCUCAAAAAGGUAGUUAGGACACAACUGAAGUUCUGCCUGAGUUGAUAUAAAGCUGCUGUUUCUCUGGCACAUGUAAAAGAACAAACAGCCUUACACCAUAGGAAAAAUGGAUUUUAAGCCUCACCUGUUCAAGACUAGAGUGCUGAGGGCUUCUCCAUCAACAUCUUCAGCAAUGAUGACCAAAGGUUUGCGGUUGGCAUUAGCAAUUUCAAGAGCUGGAACUAUGGACUGUACACUAGAAAUUUUCUUUUCACUGAUUAAAACGUAAGCGUCCUGGAAUUCACAUUUCUGCCCUGCAGAAACAAAAUGCAUUAUCUGAAAAAUUCCAUUACAAGAACAUAUCAAGCAUUCUUUUAACUUAACCAGCUCUUUUGGAGCAACGGUUGCACUUUCCAACUGCAUUUAAAAACAAAACAAAACAAAAAAAAAGACAACUUGUUUUCUCCAAGACUCCACUCUCAAUUCUACAUUGUUCUGCUGUGUUGCAAGGCCAGCCUGAUGUUCACAGGAACACUUUGCAGAGAAGAAAAAACAAGCCCCAAAAUGCCAAGCUUUUACCAAGUUCAGGUUUUCUGAGGAGAAGGACCCCCUGCUCUAUUUGCUGUGGUGCACAGCAUACGGGAACAUAAAGCCUUUAACAGGUGCCAUUAUUUCUGACUGACAUGAGCCACCGUGUUUGACGUGGCUUAUUGUUAACUCACCUUUAGUUGUGUUAAUAAAAUAUGGAGAAAUGUAGCCUCU